GGGCUAGUGUCUGCAUAUAUGGUCUCUCUGGCGUGUCGUAUAUUUUGUUGACGCUUCCCAAACCAUCCGUUGUUUGCUCCCUCCGCCGCAGCAAAGCAGAAUCCGAGUGUAUCGCAACAGCAGAAUCGUUAACAACCCGACUCGAGAUUCCCAGGCAAUGAGUCUUCGCGUCUAGCGCUUGUUGACCUUACCUCUUUUUCUUUUCGAAUUCCUGAAGUUCCUUACUUUUUUCUUUGUUUCCUUCGAGGUACCCCUUACAGCUGGAGGGGGGUUGAUAAUUCGCAAUGCCCCGCGUAGCGAACUCCAAGGUUCACCGCCGCUCAAAUGGCGCCUCAACCCCUCACAAGAAUUCUCCCAUCAAGUACGUACAAUUAUGGGGUUUGAGAUGAAACAGAAAUGAAAUUAAUGAUGUCAGGAUCCCGCUUAAUGAUGACAUGGGAGAGAAGGCGGCCCGUAUGGAGGCCCGACAAGCCCGUCAUGACCUUCAGAUGAACCAAAUCAAGGCCGCCGUCAAGACGCCGAUGCCGGGUCGAAGAUAUACCGAUUACGAUUAUGCGGCGGAUCUCAGCCCUGGUGACCGACGGCGUUCAAGGGGACGAGGACGGGACAGCGACGUCCAUGGGCAGAGGGCCGUGACCCCAAUGAAACGAGUCCCUAUUCUGGCCAACUUUGAGGAAUGGAUGAAAAUGGCGACAGACAACAAAAUCAACGCGAACAACUCUUGGAACUUUGCGCUUAUCGACUAUUUCCAUGAUAUGUCCCUACUUAAGGAAGGAGACGGGGUGAACUUUCAGAAGGCCAGUUGUACGCUGGAUGGCUGUGUUAAGAUCUAUACUAGCAGAGUCGAUAGUGUUGCGACAGAGACUGGAAAGCUUCUCAGUGGUUUGGCCGACAGUCGCGACAAGAGAUCUCGUGAAGCUGGUGCGGAUGAUGAAGGGGACGAGGACGAGGACGAGGAAGGAGAAGAUGGGGCAACUAGAAAGGGGCGCAAAAAGCAACGAUCCCAUGAGGCUACUCUUGCCCCGUCUUUCGCGUCCCUGCAACUUAAAAAGUUCGAGCUUGAAUUUUCGGUAGAUCCAUUGUUCAAGAAGGCGUCAGCAGAUUUCGAUGAAGGCGGCGCCAAGGGAUUGCUUCUGAACCACCUAGCAAUCGAUGGACAAGGACGAAUUGUAUUCGACAGCAGCGAUGAUGCUAGUGAAGAAAUUCCAAAGGAGGCAGAGAAUGAGCGACAGGAGUCGACGGACCCUGAACAGCCAGAUUCGCCGUCAGCAGCCCCCAAGCAAACCGAUGACGAUGUUUUUGAAAACACAGAAAUCGAUGUAACAUCAUUGGCUAGGCAAUUCUUUCCGGACUUGGAACGUAUGGAAGAACAGGAUAUCUGUCCCUCACUGAAGAACUUCGAUCUCGGAGAUCCCAGCGGAUCGUUGGAUAUUCCCUUCCUGAAGGCUCCUGAUGAUUGGCGAAAUGACAAAGCCAACGACGAAGGACGUGGUGCAAAUGAUACUUCGGGUAUCAUGCUUGAUGACGACAAUGCUGUUGGCUUUGAUGAUGAUGAUGCUACUCUGGCCGGUUUCGACCUCAGCGGCGAUGCUGGCUUUGGUGACGGUGGUGAGGUUUGGGCCCGUGAGGCCGCCCUGGAGCCAAUGCUCAAGGUGCACCGCGUAGACCGAGAUGGCGACGAGAAUCCCGAUGGUGAAGAAUAUGACAAUGAAGAUGCAUACGCCAUAUCUCUUUCCCACCAGCCCAAGACCCAAGACCAUGAAAAUAUCCUCAGCUAUUUCGAUAAUGCACUACAAAAGAACUGGGCAGGUCCAGAACACUGGAAAAUCAGGCGAAUCAAGGAACAUGCGGCCGCAAGUACCAGCACUGCACCAAAACAGCGAAAAGAAAAAGAACCCUUCGAGAUCGAUUUCGGAGCACCUCUAGAUUCUUCCAUUGCAGAAUUGAUAUAUACCCCAGCCAGUUCUAACUCCACUAUCUCCUUGCCCAAGACUCAGUGGAAGACCAAAGGACGCAAUCUUCUUCCCGAUGACAAGCAUUUCAACUCCCGGCAAUUGCUUCGUCUUUUCCUCAAACCCAAAGCUCGAUUGGGCUCGAAGAAGCUUACUGGGACAAGAAAUUUCAACAACCGCCGACAAGACCAGAUGGCUGGAAAUGGCGAGAUGGACGAGGCAUUCUGGGCCAAUCAUAAACAAGAAGGUAAUGCUGGAGAUGAAGAGGGCGCACCUGGCACGUACGACGCCGACUUUUUCGCAGAUGACGACGGGCAUGCGUUCCCCAACGGAAUUGGUUUGGAUGACGACGAUGACAACUUGCCAUUUGCAGACGCGAGGGAGAUGCUUUCCCCUCCAUCUGAUGCUGCUCCUGGUGCUGCCGCAGGGGAAGCAGGCGGGCCUAGUGGACUUUCCGCGCUGCUCGGCAUGGUGGGUGGUCCAGCUCCUGCCGGUGGAUUCGGGUCUCAAUUAGUGACCCAAGGCGGCCGAAGAGCACGUCCAGACUAUGUCGCCUAUGCACGAGUCGCCAAGAAGGUUGAUGUUCGGCGACUCAAGCUGGAAAUGUGGAAGGGAAUGGGCGAGCGGUUGAUCGCAACGACAGACUUCAAUUCCGCACCCCAAUCAAGCGCUGCUCCAGUCGCAGAAUCCGAUGAGAACGACGAAGAUGGCCCGCCUACUCCCACACAGCCAAAGGCCUCUGACUCCACAGAACCGAAGGAUAACAGUCAGCUACGGUUCACGAAUAUUAUGAACGAUCUUAAAUCUGUUUACGCCCCGGAGACACUGCGUGACAUCAGUACUUCGUAUGGCUUCAUCUGCUUGCUCCAUUUGGCCAACGAGCAGGGUCUUGUUCUGCAAAGUGAUGGCCCCUCCAAGGGCACUUCAGCAGGCACUUUGGAGGAGAUUUUUGUCACCAGAGAUCCCAACGCUGUGAUCGAAGAGGGCUCUUUCUAAAUGAUUCAUGAUCGAUUUUCCUUGGUAAUGUAGGAGUGGAUUAAUGUACGUACAGUCAGUUUUCGGUUUUGUUGCGUUUUUGGUAUGGGAGGGAGGUAUGUGAGGGAGAGCCGCAUGGCUCAGGGUUAGGAUGAACGUUUUAUUGCAAAGGAGUUGGUGGAAUUGGACGGCGUGCCGUGUUUUUCUGGUUUUAUUCAUGACAAUAUUUUACGAUCAGUGCUUGGAAUCUUACAUAUAGUAGAUAUCACAUAUUCUUCAUUUCCAAUUAUCCGCGUCGUCUGGGUGAAGAACAAGUCUCAAAUCCCCAAAGCAAAUUGGUAUCGUACGUUUUUGACCAUGAUUACUAUCACGAUGUAUCAAGGAGACAAGAAGCUAAAUGCCUAUACUCCGUAAGGCAGCUUGAGGGUAGAACAACUCAA